ACAAGGAUAUAUAAAUCUCGAAGCUUCACUUUUUGAAAUUCCGUGCUGGAUGAUUGACUUUCUGGUAGGAGCAUAUAUCUUGAAGCCCCACUCCUCGAAAUUUCGUGCUGGCCAAUUGGCGCAUAUGGAAGGAAAUGAGCCAACUGGGAGAGAGUCGUGACUCGUGAGUAUCCAUAUCUCCAUUGUUGAAGAUGGAGGAGAAGGUCGGGAUGGCCAAGCUUUGGGCGCUUUCCAUUGUCGUUUUGGUCCUCGCGGCGGCGCCGGGCGUACCGGCGGUGCCUAUCACCCUCAUCACAUCCGCCGUCGACAAGGGAGCCGUGUGCAUGGAUGGGACGCCGCCGGCUUACCACAUGGAUCCGGGGUCCGGUGCAGGGAAGAAGAGCUGGAUCGUCAACCUAGAGGGAGGCGGCUGGUGCGAGAACGUGACGGCGUGCAUGUACCGCAAGGGGAGCCGCCUCGGGUCCUCGAAUCUCAUGGAAAGGCAGCUCGAGUUCCGUGGCAUCCUGAGCUCCAACCCCGCCGAGAACCCUGAUUUCUACAGCUGGAACCGGGUGAUGGUCCGCUACUGCGACGGCGCGUCCUUCGCCGGCGAAGGCUACGACGCGGGCUCGAGGGUCUACUUCCGGGGCCAACGCAUAUUUGACGCCGUCAUCCAGCACCUCCUCUCCAUUGGGAUGUCCUCCGCGGAUCAGGUGCUGCUGGCGGGCGGCUCCGCCGGGGGCCUGUCGGCAAUACUGCACUGCGACCAGUUCGGCGCCUUCUUCGCCGGCCGGAGCACCACCGUCAAGUGCCUCGCCGACGCAGGGCUCUUCCUCGACGCCGUCGACGUCGCCGGUGGGCAUACCUUGAGAUCCUACUUCGGAGGCGUCGUGGCCACGCAUGGGGUGGCGCAGACCCUGCCGAGGAGUUGCACCGGUCGUCUCGACGCCACCUCGUGCUUCUUCCCGCAGAACAUAAUCGGCAGCAUAAAAACCCCGACCUUCCUGCUGAAUGCAGCCUACGAUACAUGGCAGAUCCAUGAAAGCCUGGCCCCGGACGUGGCCGACCACGGCGGCGCCUGGCGAGCCUGCAAGUCCAGUCGUUUAGCCUGCAACGCAUCCCAGAUGAAAGUCUUGCAAGCUUUCAGGGAGCAGAUGGUGGGAAUUGUGCAAGGCGCCUUCUCCCGCUCCAAGGGCAAUGGGUUCUUCAUAAACUCGUGCUUCACGCACGGCCAGUCCAAGGUCCCGGCUACUUGGAAUGCAAAUGGCUCUCCUACCAUUCACAAUAAGAGUAUCGCGAAAUCUGUGAGUGACUGGUACUUUGGCCGGGCUGAAGUGAGGGCCAUCGAUUGCCCCUACCCCUGCGACCACACAUGCCACAACGACAUAUGAGAACGGCUGAUUCCAUUACUCUUAGCGUGUCUUGGAGUACUAUUUUGUCGCGUGUACUUUCUCUGUCAACUCGUUACGGAGGAGACAACAGGCAGGUGAACUAAUCACUGUACCAGCAGAUGAGCUCAAGCACAUCCUGCAAAAACUUACUAUCAAGAUUCGCACUAAUUACAUUAUACAAACGAUUCGAAUAA